GCUGGACGAGCGGCUCCAUCUCCCCCUGAGGUACUCCUCCAACGACACGGCGGCGGCGGCGGCGAAGAUGAUCAUACCGGUGCGCUGCUUCACCUGCGGCAAGGUGAUUGGGAACAAGUGGGACCUCUACCUCGACCUCCUCCAGGCCGACUACUCGGAAGGGGAUGCUCUGGAUGCUCUGGAACUGUUCCGCUACUGCUGCAGGCGAAUGCUCAUGACCCAUGUUGACCUCAUUGAGAAGUUGCUCAACUACAACACACUGGAGAAGACCGAGACAAGUUAAGUGAGCAAGCAUAUCAUGCUCUGAAAGCACUACUGUUUCGUAGUAUCAUAUAUAUUGUAGGCGGUAUGUUGUUUCUUCUCUAUCAGGAGAGGAUUGUUGUGAGUGUGAACUUGCUUUUGCUCUCGAGCAUUCAAGGACUGACAAGGGCAUGUUGCAUCUAUGUUACGAUGUUGGAGAUUUUAAUCGAUAUAACGGCUAAC